GCUUCCCCGGAGGCCGGGCCUCGCAGGGCUGGGCCCGGAGCUUCCUGCCGGGAGGUGGGUCUGGGCCUGCGAGGCCGGAAGGAGGGGAAGCCCGGACAGCCCGGAGCCAGCGCGGGAGGAGGGGGUGCCCGGGCCCCAGCAGAUGGCUGACACCUCAGGACUCCUGGGGGCUGCCGGUGCCUCCCUGGUGUCAGCCACCUGGCUGCCGCCCAGCCCCCCGCCGGCCAUGCCCACGGAGCCCUCGGGGCUGCAGAUGGACCCCGUGGGGAACAGCUCGCAGGCCGCCCCCCAGCUGUUCCUCACCAGUGCGCUGGCCCGCGGCAUCUCGGGCGUUUUCGUGUGGACCGCCCUGGUGCUCACCUGCCACCAGAUCUACCUGCACCUGCGCGCCUACACGGUCCCCAGCGAGCAGCGGUACAUCAUCCGCCUGCUGCUCGUGGUGCCCGUCUACUCCUUCGACUCCUGGCUCAGCCUCCUGCUCCUGGGGAGCCAGCAGCACUACGUCUACCUGGACUCCCUGCGGGACUGCUACGAAGCCUUCGUCAUUCACAGCUUCCUGAGCCUGUGCUUCCAGUACCUGGGCGGGGAGAGCGCCAUCAUGGCUGAGAUUCGGGGAAAGCCCAUCCAGUCCAGCUGCCUGUACAGCACCUGCUGCCUGCGGGGCACGGCCUACUCCAUCGGCUUCCUGCGUUUCUGCAAGCAGGCCACGCUGCAGUUCUGCGUGGUGAAGCCGGUCAUGGCCCUGGUCACCAUUGUCCUGCAGGCGGUUGGCAGAUACCACGAUGGGGACUUCAACGUCCACAGCGGCUACCUGUACGUCACCCUCAUCUACAACGCCUCCGUCAGCCUGGCCCUCUACGCCCUGUUCCUCUUCUACGUCGCCACCAGGGAGCUCCUGCAGCCCUUCGAGCCUGUCCUCAAGUUCCUCACCAUCAAAGCCGUCAUCUUCCUCUCCUUCUGGCAGGGGAUGCUGCUGGCCGUCCUGGAGAGGUGCGGGGUCAUCCCUGAGGUCCAGGGCACGGACGGGAGCAGGGUGGGCGCCGGCACGCUGGCCGCCGGCUACCAGAACUUCAUCAUCUGCGUGGAGAUGCUCUUCGCCUCCAUCGCCCUGCGCUACGCCUUCACCUGCCAGGUGUACGCGGAGAAGGACAGCUCGCCAGCACCCCCGGCGCCCAUGCAGAGCAUCUCCAGUGGCCUCAAGGAGACCAUGAGCCCGCAGGACAUCGUGCGCGACGCCAUUCACAACUUCUCGCCCGCCUACCAGCACUACACACAGCAGGCCACCCAGGAGGCCCCGGGGCCCAGUGCCCUCCCCACGGUGGGCGGGGACCGGAGGAGCCGCAGCAUGGAGAAGAGGAUGCUGAUCCCCUUGGAGGAGCCGUAGGGCCGGGUGGUCUGGCCGCUGGGGAAGGGCAGGGCUCCUCACCCCUGACCCUCCGCCAAAGGUCCACCCCUCCCAGAGCCUCCUGCCCGGCCCGUGGCAGAGGGCGCCUGCGCCUGUCCAGGAGCCCAGGGACCUGCCGGUGCAGCUGGCCAUGCCCUCAGGGGCCGCAUGGCCGCCCUGACAGCGGGUCUCGGCUGGGCCCGGCUCUGGUCCUCUUGGGCGCUGCUGCGCAUCCCUCAGCCACGGAGCCCUGGCCAGCCCUCACCCCGGAGGUGCUCCCCGUGCGGGCCUGGGGUGCCGGGGCCACCAGCCGGGUUAUUUCUACAUAAACCCCUGGGUUUGCUAUGA